GCAGUCCUUCUUCAAGUCUCUUCGAAACUUUUCAAAACUCUUCAAUUAGAUAGCAAUGGCUCCCUUCAUGGCUUCAACUCCACAGUCGGUCGAUACUUAUGAAUCUAUUCCCAAGGGUGUUUAUGCCCUGAAGCGCGAUUUCAACGCGAGUACUAGACUUACUGCUCAGCACUACUUAUGGAAAGAUGCCCUUAAAUUCAACAUUCACCCAGACAUACCUACGGAUAACAGCCAUAUAAGAAUUGCAGAUGUUGCCACAGGGAACGGUAUCUGGCUCUUGGAUGUGGCACGCGAGAUUUCUCCAUCGGCAAGGUUAGACGGCUUCGAUAUCAGCCUUGAUCAAUGCCCCCCCUCCCCAUGGCUACCGACCAACACCCAUCUUCACACCUGGAACGUUUACAAUGAACCACCGAAACAAUUCCAAGAGACGUUCGAUAUUGUUCAUGUGAGGUUGAUCACAGUUGCUGUCAAGAAUAAUGAUCCACGUCCUAUUUUGGCUAAUCUCAAGAAAUUGCUUAAACCUGGUGGUUUCCUUCAAUGGGAUGAGGCUGAUAGUGUUGAUUGGACCGUCAAGACAAUUGACUCAUCUGUGGCUACAGACGACUUGAAACGCCUAUUUCAACAGCUAUGUGGAUCUCAUGAUUGGAAGCGUUAUAUGGUAGACAUACUCAACGAAGACGGAUUUAAAGAUGUUCAACUUCACAGAGUGGAAUAUGACUUGACCAUGGCAAGGUUUUGGAAUGAUGUUUACAUGAGCACUUGGGAUGAGUUCGCAAAGAUGAUUGUACGGAAGCCUGAAGAAUCACUGCAACUCAGCAUGGAAGCCAUGGAUCAAGUGCGUGAUGGCUGUGCUAUAUCUUGCCCUAAGCUUGUAUGGAUUGCUCAGAAGGCCCAAUGAUUGAAGGAAUUCUUUCUAGUAGCGACAGAGUGCCUUCCAUUUCCAUAAUUUUAUUCCAAUACAAAAGUGAAUACUUUUUUUUCACGACAGCUAUGAGAUGAAGCAAAAAAAGUCCGCGGGUGAAAGUAUUACCAAGUUAUCACCAGUUACAUGAUAAACGUCUAUAAUCUAUCACA